AGGCGUGAGAAGGAGAGAGAGUUGGACCGUCGCGCACAACGUGCUUCUCGUGCCAGAAAUAAAACUCGAAUUGCUAACUUUGAGGCCACAAUUGAAAGAAUGCAGUGUGGCCAAGUCGACAAUAGCGCAAUCGACCUUACGAAUCAACUUGAUGACAUGAUCAAGGAAAGAGAUCAGCUUGCAAGCACGCUGGCUUCCGUCAAGAGCAUUCUUGCCCGGUGCAUUCCUUCAUCUGGGCAAGCAGCAACGCAGUGGCAUGACACUCCAUCCUACGACAACAACCUCGAGUGGAACUACCAGGCCCCUGAAGAGCAAAGUCCAGCAUCGGCCAACAGGCUUUGCACACCGUUCUGUAUCUCGGAGCCGUUACUUCCACGCUCGAAAGUCUCGGCUUUCGGUGAUCAACCUUCAGAACAACAGGAAAGUCUUUUUGUAAGAUCUCUUCCGAUGAUUGAAUCGAUGAUAGAAGACCCAAACAGGCGCACUCCAACACAGCCUUUCUCGGCCACUGUGACGGAUGUCGUUAUCGUACCAGAGUCAGAUGCUCCAUGUGCUUGUAUUUUAACUGCACCCACAAUAUAUAAUAUGAACGCAUCAUCUGGUAAUAUAUGGAGAGCGGCAAACAAGGUUCUCGGUGGCUACGACAAGCUUUCGGGAGAAGAAGUGCUGCUCGAGGUCAACACAUACGAGGAUAUUCCUGUUAGGGUAAUACUCGAGGGAUGGGAUCAGUAUGAAAAUAACACUCAUGGCCUAUCACCACUAUGGAGGCGUCUCCGCCAUAUCGAUGAGCUCCAAUUCCGAAGAUGCCUUCAAGUAGAACGACUGGCGAUCAUGGUACUGAUGCAUAGACAACUAUGCUCUCGCCUUGGCUCUAAUCAGGAUCUGUGGGCAAAAUUGCCUCUAUGGCUGCUGAGCAGACCUUCGCAGGUGUUACCACACUCUGCUAUCGAUUUCUUUGCGUGGCCUGGAGUUCGAGAAAGAUUUGUCUUUGCACAGCACCGGUACUGCUCUAAUAAGUUCUGGGACAUCUUUGCAGACUGUUUCCGAUUUUUGUGGCCGUUCCAGUUCCGCGAUUGUUACAUGGUCGACAGAGCUACUGGGCGGAUUUCUUUGUCGCCACAAUUUGAAAAUCGCAUCCAAGACAUAGCUUCGUGGGCUAUGACGACUGACUUUUUUUCUUACUUUCCCGAGAUGUAUGGUGACAUACCCUCGUUCGAAUCAUCACCAUGCCGGCAAUUACCAACGCAUCACUUCGGAAGCCUAGACAGGCAUGUGCGUGGCGAGAAGCCUUACAGCAGUUCUGCCCUUUCUCAAGAAGCAGACUCAUAUAGUUGCAGUAGACCCCCAUAUUCCUAG